AUGGUCGCUCCUACUUCUACAUUUCUAAAGACCUUCUGGAGAGUGCACCAGAGCUCCUUGAAUUCGUUGAAAGCUCUGAGCGAUGAAACUUCAUCCGACGAAGAAGAGGCUCAUCGGAAGCAGUCAGCGAAGAUUCUCAAAGAAAUGUUUGCCCCAAACUUUACACGCGCUGUGCUGGAACUUGUGACAUCUGACGAAGCUCGUGAACAGCUCGCUACAACCUUAGAAAAGAAGGCUAUUUGUUUCACUGAUGAGUUCGAGACUGCGGCGGUGGAGUGCAUGGCCGCGAUGGUUCGAGG